ACAUGUGCACCUUCAACAACGCGAAUUCCUCACGAAUUCAUAAAUUGCUGAAGUAAAAAUAACGAUACAAAUAAGUUCUAGUUUUUUUCAAAUAUAAAUACGAUUUUAACAAAUCUCACUUCAUAUCAAAAUGAAACUCAGCACGUACAACUUUCUUACAUCAAAAGCAAUUCGUGGUGUUAAAGUUGGUUAUCCACUUAAACUAAUAAUUGAGAAGAAACAAAGUAUAGAAACAGAGUACAAUGCUAUUUUCCUGGAACGUCUGCUUCCCAAAUUGGACUGGCAAGCGAUAUCAAUUGCUGCUCAAGCUGCUGAAAUUGACUAUGUAAUUCCAAAAGAAAUGCCCGAUGAUAUCGUCAGCAAUGAAGAACUCCUCAAAAAACUACAUAAUCUACUGUUCGAGAUUGAUGUUGUCGAAGGCAAGCUUGAAUGUCCAGAAACCGGACGAAUCUUUCCCAUCAGUGACGGCAUACCUAAUAUGUUACUUAAUGAAGACGAAGUUUAGUUAAUAAAUUAUUUAGUAUGUAUAUAGUUUAUUGUAUAUUGUAUAUGUAUAUCGACUGGGUGCGCUUAAGGCCAGUGUUGAGUCAGAUGCGUCAUAAUAAUAAUAAUUAUUAGUUUUCCUUUAUUUAAAUGAUGCAUUCCUCCUCCGAAGAGACAAAUUGAUGUUUAUUACUGGUUUUGAAUUUAAAUAUUCGAUCAUCCAUUCUCGGUUCUUUGCAAAACUUUGACUCUUUGAUUAAUUACCUUGACCGCUUGAAUUAACAUAUUUAAUGAUUGUAUUCAUUUAUAAUAAAUAUGGUUUACUAUUAUUUUGAUAUUGAGAGGCACGUACACUUGAUGACUGUUGUUUUUGAGAUUUGUUUUUAAAGCAAUAAAUAUCUAGAAUUAUUGCA